AUGUCCGCCCCAGACCUCACCAGCUUCAAGGCCCUCUCCUUCGACUGCUACGGCACACUGAUCGACUGGGAAGGCGGGCUGGCGGCCGACCUAGCCCCAAUCCUGUCGCAGCUACCAGAGGGGCAUGCGUGGCGGGCGGAACCACUGCUGGCCGUCGAGCGCUUCGACACGCUGUCCAACGAGCUAGAGGAGGCGCAGCCCGCACAAUCCUACGACGAGAACCUAAGCGCGUCGUUCGUGGCAGUGGCAGACGAGGCAGGCGCGACCGCGUCGCCUGCUGACGCAGCGGCCGUCGGCGCGGGUCCCGGGCGGUGGCCGGCGUUUAGCGACACGGUGGACGGGCUGCGGCGGCUGGCGCGGCACUACCGGCUGAUCAUCCUCAGCAACGUCAACGAGGCCAACAUCAGGGGCACGGUGGCGGGGGCGCUGGGCGGGGCGCGCUUCGAUGCAGUGUACACGGCCGAGGCCAUCGGGUCGUACAAGCCCAGCCACGCCAACUUCCGGUACCUGUUCGCGGGGGCGCAGCGCGAGUUCGGCGUCGACUGGGAGCGCGGCGAGCUGCUGCACGUCGCGCACAGCCUGACAGCCGACCACGUGCCGGCCAAGGAGCUGGGGCUGCCGAGCGUGUGGAUCUCGCGGGGCGCGCGCGACGGCCGGUGGGGAGUGGGCGGGAACCAGCGCGAGCUGUCCGCGCAGAGCAAGGUGGCGUUUGGCUGGCAGUUUGAGACCAUGGCCGACAUGGCCGACGAGGCGGACCGGCAGUUUGCGGCAAAGGCAGAAGCCAAGUAG